UAUUUUUCCAUUUGUGUCAACAGAGAUUAUUCUUGCCUGGUGCGUGUUGGUGGAUCUCGAGUGGAAGUGUAGUGAUCGCGAAGUUAUUCCCGGUCGAUGCCUCGGACCCUUGUUUCGGUUUUGGUCGCCGUUUGAAGUAAAUCGUGAUGAGCUUAGAAGUGUUGGCGAUGAUGGGGGCUGGUGUGCCUCCGAAUGUGGCCCACUUCAACCAGGACAAAUUGGCUGUCAAGUACCCGUUGCUGUUGAAAUUUGGGAAUUCAACGACGCAAGUUGCUCAAGACUUGAUGAUAACGCUGGCGUUGUCAGAAGUCAAAGCGGGGAAGAAAGUGCAGUUCGUGACAGAAAGACCGCUGACGAGGUUUCCUGUGCAAGGACCAAAAAAUCUCCCGCCUCCGCCUCAACUGUUGGAUGGAAUAGAUUUCUGGUGA